AUGCCCCGCACUUGCCGAACACAGGCGCUCCUCACAACCCGGCGCCACGGCUUGCGCCGCUUGCACAAAGGGGGGCCAGCAGCGCCUGCCUUUCCACUGGGAGGCGGCUUGGGUGCUGAAGCUGAGCCGGAGCCUGAGGUGAAGUUUCCGCGCAUCGGACCCAGGAGUCCAGCCCCUGCACGAGAGAACUGGGACAAGGCGCGCUCACAAGUGGCCGCCUACCUGGGCCAAGAUGGGCCGCCAUCCGAGUCCAGUGAGGAGCCGGAAGUGGACGAGGAGUCUCCAGUGGCCUUGGAAGUGGAGCUGCAACGCUUCUCGAAGCUCAAGGCAGCAGUGCUGGCGGCGCAAACGGAGGAGGAGUUGGAGCAGGUGAAGGCUGCCAUGAAGCCGGGCAAAUGGCCAUCCGCAGCACCCUGGAUCCGCCGCGGCCCCACGCUGCAGGAACGCCGCAGAGAACGGACAGCGGAGGUUGACUGGGUUGCACAAGCUGGGCUGAAGCCACAACUCUUGGCGCCACAAGAGCCGAAAGAGCCAAAGCACACGCCGCGAGUUCAGGCGUCGCUGCUGCGCCGCCUGGUGCCCCUUCCGCGGCGAAAUCAUGGCGCCGGAAACGGCGCAGCGGCAGGAGACCCCAGCCCCCAAAACCACGACUCCCACGAGACGUCGCUGGACGAAGAGCCGUCGCCCGCAACGUCGCCGUUGCACGUGACGUCGCUCAGCACGGAGCGGAAGCUGCGCCGCGAGCUGCGCCGGGCGCAGAACUUUGUGCAGCUGCCGCCAUCGUUGCCCAUGUUGAGGCCCGCUCUACCAACCCCACCAGCACCCAGGCCGCGCGCUGCGGUCGUUGCCUGGUGGCGGUGGCGGCAAUGGCAGCAGGUCGGAGCCGAGAAGCGAGACUUCGGUGGCCAGAGGUCACAAUGUUGCGCACAGAUCCAGGGAUCCAAAUUCUGGGUUGCCGAUGAGCCGGCGCCCGUGUUGACUGCCCAGCAGGAGCGGUGCAUCAGCAGGGCCAUCAUGCAGAAGUUCAACUUCCGCGCGCUGACGCCGGAGGAACAAAGAGAUCUUUGGCAGGAGAUCCAGCGAAAGCUUCAGCAGGAUCAGCUGGAGAGCCCAACGACCAUCCGCGACGACAUGUUCCGCGACCUCCGACGGGCCGUGCAAAUUUCAGCAGCGCUGCGGUUCUCGCAUCGCUGUAAGGCGAAAUCGGAGAUUAUGAAGGAACGACAAGCAGCUGAAGCCUCGGACGUGUUGCUGCUGCCGCAGUUGUCACAACGGCUGUCUGUGCCACCCACGUCACUGUUGAAGGUGAUGAUGAAACCCGGAGAUUUGCCCAAGCAGCCGGUGAAGAUCUUCCGAGAUUUGGAGGGCCAGAGCUUCUCCACCACAGAGGAGCUUCGGAAGAUCUUCGCGAAGACCUCGAAGGCGGUCAAUGUGUGGUUUCUGCGCGAAUUGCUCUGGGCCUUUGAAAAUGACCUCGAAGCCUUGCAGGUGGCCAGUGAAGUGUCAUCCCAAGCCUUCGAAGAUGCGGUGUUCCACUUCUGCGGCUCCGCUGGCGUCCCCAUGCAACGCGAAGCCGAUCUCCGCGAGGAUUCGCAGGGCGUCACACCAGACGUGUUGUUCGAAGCGCCCGUGAGAUUCGUCACGGCCACAGAGGAGAUGGAAUUCAAAUGGUUGGAGUGUAAGAAUUUCCAUGCUGGAUCUGAAAGCGGCAUUGUUUUGAAGGGUCUGCAGAAACAAGUGAAGCGUUACACAACAGCCUUGGGUCCAGGGGCUGUGGUUUUCGCUGGCGGAGCUUCCGAAAAAGUUCGAAGUGCAUUGAAACGGCUGGGAGUGGCAGCAUUGGAUGGAUCAAAGCUGACCACUGAUGGGUCAAAAGGUGCAGCACCUUCAUUCAUCAGCGGGCCCAGGGCCGAGUUCUGGAAACUGGAUCUAUCCAAACCCAGGUCCCGGUCACCAAAGUCACCAAAGUCGCCACGACCCCGAAACAGUCGAAGGAGGAAGGCAAAAAGAAAGAAAGACGGCGCACAGAAUGAAGAAACACAUGGAAACAAGAAAACAGCCAUGUCAAGCCAUGCUGAUUCUUGA